UUCUACUCAUUUCAACUCUUUUUUCUUGUCAAACCUCAUGUUCUACUUUUUUUUUUACGCGUGUGCGUGACUGUGGGCCUACCUCUUCUCUUUUCAACACAUUGCUACGAACAGACGGCUUAACAAUUGCUCCUUAGCCAUGAAUGCUCUUGUCAAUUACACCAGCGAUUCAGAUCCGGAGUUCGAACAGGAGGAUGUGUCGCAUGCCACAACAACUAAACGCUCUAUCAGUCAACGACCGAACUUAACCAACAAUACUAAUAACAACUGCACUAUUGAUGGUGCUGAAGACGAUGGUGACGAAAACUAUGUCGCCGCUGCCUUGAAGGACAUCCGAAACCUUGCAACCAUAGCACCUGCUCCACCUUCAAAUCACAUUAUGCAGUGUACGAGUCCAUCGCCUAUGCAAGAUAAUGAGAAUGAAGGCCUAGCAUCAGAAGAUCUAGAAGUCAUGGCAUUCUUAAAGACUAUUGAAGAUAUUCCAUAUCCCUCCGACGAACAAGAUGCUGUAUUGCUACCACCCCCACCCCCACCACCCUCAAUAGCGCCUACAACUGUAACCCCUCCUCCCCCUCCUCCCCCUCCUCCCCCUCCUUUUUCUUUACUGGAAGCGUCAUUGGACGUACAACCUGGUGAUGAUAAGAGCAAAAAGGCAUUGGAAACAACCCUACAGGAUAUCCAUACAAUCCAAAAUCGACUUUAUUAUAUCUCACUUCUACCAUCAUCCACUGUGGAUCAAAAAGAUUUGGAUAGGAGGCUACUUGAGUUUGCUACCAGAGUCAAAGAUUGGGAGAAGGGUGGUCUAUAUGAAUCAUAUUUUGUUGGCAAAGAAAGAGCGGAAGCCAUGGCUAACAAUACCAAUUUUUAUCUUUCCGAGGCGGAGAAAUCGACAUUACCUCCUUUUGGGGGUGUUAUGGGGACCAUGAUCAAACAUAUGUACGAUCUUGAGAAUAUAGUAGCGCCGCCUGGCUGGAUAGCAGUAUGGGAUGCAGAUGAUGAAGCGGCACCUAUUCCUCUGUUUAUCCCUCUCAGGAAUUAAUUCAGCAUCUAAACCCACCAUUUCGUCCCUCAGGGUCACCUGUCUCGUCCAGAAACAGUAGGCCACACUUUGUGUCACAACCAGUCAGCUACAUCGAGAGUCCAUCACCUAGCCUGAUACAAGGACAUACCAAUCAGGCAACAUCGCCAAACUCAACAAUAUCUUCU